AUGCAGGAGAGCCAACAGCAGCAUGAAAUCAAUGACGAGUCCCUGUCGUAUGUGCUCUCUGUCGUCAGGGCCCAGGUGGAAGCAGGUGUCGCAAUCCUGAUCCACGUGUGCCACCUCAUCAUUGCCGAGGGCCACCAUUCCGUGCACGGCGACGCACUGCAACACGCUGAAAUGGCCGUGGAACACAUGAAGGAGUUGGCGAGGAUCCUCGAGUCCAGUGUGUCGGUGUUGGCCAAUGUGGCCCUGGAAAACUGCGGGUCGACGCCGUCGACGUCGACCUCGUCGACAUCCUUGUCAGCGCGAGUCAAUAACAAGCGACUGCGAGUCAGGUCAAUACCGGAUUCCGCAAUCAUGCCGCGGGUGUCAGCGUUUGCCAAACUCGGAAAUAGCAGGCGGAAAAGUUUGAGAAGGAGGAGUGAUCAUCGCAAAAGUGACGUCGGUGCUGCUGCUGCUGCUGCUGCUGCUGCCGUUGCAACUAAUAGGACGCGAGAGGACCCGGCGGCGUCGUCUUCGUCGUCGUCGUCGCCAGAGGUGUCAUACGAAGCCUUGUUUGAAAAGCGAUUGACAGACUUUGCCGAGUUCCAACGCAAGGUCCUCAUGGCAUCUCUGGCGGAAAUAAGGAAAAGAGCCCCUCUGGACACGACCAGGCUGGUGACCGAGGAACAAGGUCAGUCUGUUUCUGCCACCGAGUGGAAAGACCGGAUCCAGGGCAUGGAAGCGGAACAAGAGGCUUACCUGUCCUGCUUUUUUGCGUCUGUAGGAACAGUGACAUUUCCGAAAUUGAGCGCAGUUCGGCGAGACACAGUUUAUCCCGCUUCCGCUCGACUCUCGCAGUCGUCCAUCAGCAGCAGUCAAAUGUCAUCUCGUCCAUCGAAACCGGAUGCAGUCGGUCUGCAGGGAAUUCUAUUGGAUACCUUGGUUAAAGUGGUCAAGAGAGAACGGCCUCACGUGGAGCUGAUUUCGCACAGCUUCAUGCAGCUCAUGAUGCGGAAUCAGCACUAUUUUCUCGAAGACGUGGUGAAACGCGUGUCGGCAGGCAAGAAUCCCGAAGACACCAAAGUAUUGCGUCAUCUGGAAAAAUUGCAGAAGAUCAAGUUGGACACGGACUACUUGACACGGGCCUACACGGAAGCCAUGCGGAACUACUCGCGGAAACUGGGAUUCAUCACGUCAUGCCACUUUAAUUUCAUCACGGAGUGUCGAGCCAAGCCGGAACUGUCGACGAGGAUCAGCACGCGGCUGCCGGAAGUGUUUUCUGCUGCCCUGGCAGACCUGGAGAAACUCCUGGCGGCGCUGCGAUCGGCGCCGCCUUCCAAGCUGCACGUCGUCCAAAUGGCGGCGUCCCGGGAUUCGUCGCAUCGCCAGCAAAGAAGGCUCAACAGCAUGGGCGUGUGA